AUGUUACACAAAAUGACAAAACUAUAUUCUUGCUGGUUAAUAUUAUCUGUGGCAUUAACGUCCGUCACCUAUGGAGAAGAAGAAAUACUUUUUCCAGUAACACAGCCGAAAGACGAUUGGUGGUCAAACACAAUAAUAUAUCAAGUAUAUCCAAGAUCAUUCAAAGACAGCGACAAUGACGGAAUUGGUGAUUUAAAAGGAAUUACUGAAGAACUGGAUCACUUUGUCGAUCUUGGUAUAGAAAUUGUAUGGAUAAAUCCAAUAUUUAAAUCACCCAUGUAUGACAUGGGCUAUGAUGUAGAAAACUAUACGAUGAUUGAUCCUAUAUUUGGUAGUAUGACAGAUUUCGAAGAACUGAUAUCGGAAAUGAACAAGCGAGGUUUAAAACUUAUAAUAGAUUUGGUACCAAAUCAUUCGAGUAGUCGGUGUGAAUGGUUUUUAAAGUCGAUUAAAAAAGAAGAUAAAUACGAUGAAUAUUAUGUAUGGCGUAACGCCUCAAAUCAAGACCAACUCAGUAAUUUAACAAUCACACCAAAACCGCCAAAUAAUUGGUUAAGCAAAUAUGGAGGCUCCGCGUGGACAUGGAAUACUGAACGAAAACAAUUCUAUUUGCAUAAAUUUAGUGAUAAACAGCCGGAUUUAAACUUUAGGAAUCCGGAAGUUCAUAAAGAAAUAUUGAAUAUUAUGGAAUUUUGGAUGGACAAAGGCGUAGCUGGUUUCCGAUUUAACGCUGUCGGUAGAUUAUACGAGGACAAAGAUUUUCGAGAUGAACCAAAAUCGGUUGGCCGAGAAAAUUGGCCUAUUUAUUAUUCUUUGGAUCACAUAUACACACAUGAUCAACCUGAAGUUAUCGAUACGGUUAUUGAAUGGAGAAAAUUCAUGGACGAUUAUUCGAAAAGGAAGAAUACAUUUCCUAGGCUGUUAGCUGCAGAAGCACAUCACCACGUCUGUGUGUUUUCAUUGAGAUAUUAUUUCGGAGAUGAAAAUAAUCUUGGCGCUCAAAUCCCAUUUAAUUAUCAUUUACUGAUUCAAGUUCGCAAAGAAGAUUUAGUAGAUUCAGUGGAUAGAGCAAUUAAAUUCUGGUUUGAAGUGAUACCGGCGAAUAACACACCAAACUGGGUGAUGGAAACCCUAGACACCGAUAGGAUAUCAUCGACAUACGGCCCGGAAAUGGUUCAAGUAUUUACCGCACUAAAAAUGUCACUUCCCGGUAUUGAUGUGACGUAUUAUGGGAGUGAAAUAGGCAUGGAAAAUGUAUAUGUGAGACCUGACCAAAUUCAAGAUUCAUAUGAUUCUGGUGGUCAGAGGAAUAUAGAAAGCAGAGAUUUCGCAAGGAGUCCUAUGCAAUGGAAUGGUAGAUCCAACGCAGGAUUUACGGAAGCGAAAAAGUCGUGGUUACCUGUAAAUCCAAAUUAUUACAAAAUAAACGUCGAAGAACAGAAAAAAAUACCUACCAGCAAUUACAAUUUUUACAAAAAAAUGUCUCAACUUCGAAGAACUGAUACUUUGAAAUAUGGCGACCUCGAAUCGUACAAUAUAACUGAUUCGAUAUACAUACUCAAAAGAUCGUUGCCCGGACACGAAACGUAUCUGGUCGUAAUGAACUUUGGAAGUGAAACCGAGACGGUCGUCUUAUCUACGGUUAUAAGCCGCCUAAAAAAAAAAUUGCACGUCUAUUUAGGCAGCGAAAAUUCAGGAUAUAGCCGAAGUGAUACCGUUUCGACAAUUUCCAUAGUCGACAAACCUUUGCACCUUCGACCACAAUCGGUAGUCGUGUUGACCGACAGUUUAGUAAAAGUCGAUGGGUUCAAAAAUAAUGCUUUCAGUUACAGACAAUAUACAGCUUCAUACAUUUGUCUUCUGUGUGUCUUACUACUGACAGGAUAUUAUGUUGGAUUGCGUAAUUAG